AUGCAUCUUCUCACCUUGUUCAUCGCCGUGUUGGCGCCAGCGACUCUCAUCAAUGGCCUUCUCACCCAAGACACACAUGAACAAAGCAACAUCGCCACCCGAAACAACACUUUCGUGUCACAUGUUCGUGUCAAGCGUGAUGUUCCGUUGACCGCUCGAGACAUCGAAGAAGCUGAUCAACAUGGCGUAGAUCUCAACAAGAUGUAUAAACACUCCAUCCUAAAGCACUCUAGUGGCAGUGACUACUCUAUCUGGGUCCAUAACUCAUUCGACCCUGAUGUCAAGGAUGACGAAAAGAGUGCAGACGACGUCUCCGCUUUGGGGAAGCGAAGCUGGGAUGAGCAAGCAUACGCGAAAGACCGAAUGCCCAACAGGUUCGAAUUUGAUAACCAGACGGAUACAUGCGCAAACUCAGAUUUCAAAAAGAAAACUAACAAUCGCUCGCCAUUCGCGAACGGAGCUGAUGCCCUUAUUGACUGGACUGCGAAACAUAAGGGUGGCUGGAGAAUUGGAGCUACGGACUCUUACUACAGCACCGAUAUUCUGAUCGGGGGCACCAACAUGGGUGCCAAUAUGAGGUUCUCAGUCCGAAAGGAACCGGGGCGUAUUGUUAUCCUCGGGACGAAAGAUGUCGGGGACACCGUAGUUGGGGCCUACAACAAAUUCAAGCAGGAUAUCAAGGGUGUGGCGCGUAUGUCUGGCAAGGGAAAGAUGAAAUGCUGGGAUGGGAACAACGGAAAGAACAUGCUUCAUUGGGAAAUUGACCGAAGUGAUCGGGAGAUCGAGUUCGAAAGUUCGACAAAGGAACAACCAAACCCUAAGCCAACACAGCAGCACCAGGGGCCAGAGUACCAGCCAGAAGCCGCUCCCAAGACAGUCUACUAUCCCGUCCCCGUUUCCCUACAGACAAUUUACCUUCCCCCUCCGUUUCGACCGCCACUUUACACUCCUGCACAAGCGCCGGGUCUAGAGCCAACAGCAGCACCAAAAUCACCACCACUGGUAUACCCAGCAACAAUAACUAAAGUGUCACAGUCAAUCUCACCGGGAGAUUAUCAACCAGGAGAGGGUCCUACAGGAUUUCCUGAGUCAUUCUAUAUAGAUUAA